UGUGAAUGCAUUGGGACGGUGAGCUGGAACUCGCCAUAUCUUGGAAAGAUUCCUCGUUUUUGUUUUUUAGAGUGAUUGCAUAGUUCGUCUUGGAUCAGAAUGGAGGGGCGACACGAUAGUUCACCCAUGCAGGCUUUCGAUAAGGACGUUUUGGAAAUGACUUGUGAAGAUGUUUAUGACAUUUCUUACGUGAUCGGCAGAGAUUUAUUAAAAGUCAACACAGGUAGCCGGGAGUUCUCGGAUUUACAGUUCAAAAUCGUCCGUGUGUUGGAGAUGUUUGAGACCAUGGUGAACAAAUACAACCUGUCGCUGGAGGAGCUGAGGAUGGAGCUGGAGAAUAUGAAGCGAGAAAUGGAAAGAGUUGUAGCAGAAGGUUCGAGUGGUGAUGUUAACACUCAGACUGUUGGGCCAAACAAACUAGUCGUGGACUUAAAAGACCCAAACCGACCCCGAUUCACCAUGCAGGAGUUAAAGGAGGUUCUGCAGGAGAGAAACAAACUCAAAGCCCAGCUGCUGGUGGCCCAAGAGGAGCUACAGCUCUACAAGAGUGGGGUCCUGGGAUCAGAGCAGAAGAUGGUGGAAGUAAACCUGGAGACCCUUCCUCAGUCAGAAGCGGCACCGUCCAGCGUUAUAGAGGAGAACAAAGAGAAGAGCACCAUUCAGAAACUAUUCUCGUUUCGACAAAAAUAGUGGCCAGGAUUUGGUACAAGCUAAAACACAUUUGAGACAAGCAAAGCCCCUUCCAACAGACUGAGAGAUGGGAAGAAGUGAUCUCACUAUUUAUUUAUUUUUUAACAAUACUGACCCAUUUGUGGCUGGAAAUCCUCCUACUCAGUGUUUUUAAUUGUGUACAUUUUUAACUCGUGUUGUGUGUGAAGCCAAACAACUAGAUGUUAGAAACUCAAAUGUCUCUCUAAACACCUCUAGUAGCUACUACACAUUUGCAGACUAUUUGAAGCAUACUAGAUCAACAUUAACAUUCUUCCAUUACCACAGUAUCUUUUACUGAAAUAUUAUAUGACAUUACUAGAAUCAAUUUUAUAUCAGUCAUUUUAUGAAUAGCACAAAGACAUAUUUAAGUACUAUUUUGGUGACAGUACUAAACCUAAUUAAAUCUGCUGAAACUUACAUUAUUGAUAUAUUAUUAUUAUUAUUGAUGACUAUUAUAUUAUAUAUAUUGAUUUAUAUGUAUAUAUACGUCAUAUGAGGCUCUAAGAUCUUAUCUGAGUGCUUACAGAAUUAGAAAACCUCUUCAGUCUGUAUCGGUUGCAACGGCUGACAAGCUUUAGGACAAAACUGGCCAUAUGAUUUAGCACUUUCUAGUUCUAAUUUUAAUAAACAAGGGAACAUUAGGAAUUGUAGGGUUAAAAUUUAGGUACUUCAAUAACUAAAACAUGAAAAAGUCUGCUGUACGAGGUAAUGUGUAGUGCACUGAAUCUUAUGUGAAGUGGUAAAUUGUGGGUCAUAUGAAGGUAAAAAUUCACUUUUAUUGGCUCGCAGUAUUAGCUGUAAUCAAGUAGACUGGACAAAUUUUAUGACAGCCGAGUCAAGUUUUCUUCUGCAAUACCAGGUAUUAAGAAACGCUGUUCUGAGUACAUGGGCCCUGUUGUUCACACAUAGAUUACGGAGUUAACUGGAUUUAACACAGUUGCAUAACAUAACAUGCAUGAGAUUGUAUUAUUCAAAUUGUUAAACAUUUGGCCCUCUUACACAAGUUCUCUUUCAUUUUCCUUGUUGGAUCUGAAAAUCAAAAAUCUUCAACUUUCACCCAGCUAUUAUUUCUUUGUUUUUAUAAGGACUUGUAUUACUUCUUGUUAGGCAUGUGAAGAAUCGUGUAUAUAUAUAAAGUUUUUUUGAGUCCGAGUUCUGAUCUGGUGUGUUUUUUUCCCCAUAUUUGUUUGUAUUGUAUGUUUCCUAUGUAAUGUUAUGUUUGAAAUGCAAUUGAAAUCUUGUCACAAUUAU